AAAUAAUGUACAUGUGGGGCAAAAGAUCUUAUCAACAUCCAUGAUUUUGUCUAGCAAAAUCUAGAGUUUCGUCUUUCAUGGGACCCUUCCAAGAUUUUCUGUCCCAAAACGUCUCUAUAUAACAUCAUGUCCACACUCCUUAAGACCCCCUCUCCCUUCCCAUCGAUCAAAUUUUCAUCUGCUCAUCAUUUUCCAACAAUAAAUUACCCUACACAACUUCAUUUCUCCAGGUUCAACUAAAUCUUUCAGCUCAAAAGUGCUUAUCAUAUUGACUUAUUCUUCUUCUUCUUUUUCUGCUUGAAGAAAUGAAGGAUGGUGGAAGAAAACAAGGUGCAAUGUCACCAUGUGCAGCAUGCAAGCUUCUUCGAAGGAGAUGUGCAGAGGAUUGUGUGUUUGCUCCUUAUUUUCCUGCAGAUGAGCCACACAAGUUUGCCAGUGUGCACAAGGUUUUUGGAGCUAGCAAUGUCAACAAAAUGUUACAGGAACUACCGGAGUACCAACGAAGUGAUGCUGUUAGUUCAAUGGUAUACGAAGCCAAUGCAAGGGUGAGAGAUCCCGUGUAUGGAUGUGUGGGAGCCAUAUCUUCUCUGCAGCAACAAGUUGAUGUUUUACAAACCCAGUUGGCACUUGCACAAGCAGAGGUUGUGCACAUGAAACUGAGCCAAGUUUCAACUUCCUCUGAACAACUCAAAGCAGUGCCUGCAACAUCCAAUUCAUCCUCAGAGAACUUAUCUCCAUCAAGUAAACUUGCCAAAACCCUUUUUGCUAUGGACAUGGUCGUUGAUCAGCCAAACAUGGGAGUGUCUCUGUGGUCAUGUUAGUUCUUAGGUUAUUAUAUUAUAAUUCUUAUUGGAGUGCAGAAAAUGGGCAUGCAUAGCUACGUAUCCUUGUAAUCAGUAAAGGGUUGAAUAAAGUUGAUGAUGGACUCCAUUGAAUAUGAUAUCUUCAACAAAACUUCAGCUUCUUCUUUUUUUCUCCAUCAUUUAAUAGGUUACUUGUUAUUAUGUUUCAUUUGAGUUAACGACAUUGAUAUAUUGAUUUUGAUACUGAG